CGGGCCCGGGCGCAGCGAUGGGCAAGGUCUGAGCUCCAGCCUCUCCCCCUGCCCCAGUGCAGCCGGGGCUGGAUACAUUUUUUUUUUAAAGCCAAACUGCAAACAACUCUGGCGAUGCCAACAUUCCCUUCCAAGUGACACGGCUCUGCGAAGGAGGAUUCCUCAGGCUGAGCUCUUUCUCUUAUUCGCCCUGCCAUCCUCGGCGACGGAGUCAAGGCUUCGCUCCGGCAGGAGGAAUUUAGGGGGGAAGAGAAAAAGCUGUGCUCAACUCCAUCGUGACCUCAAACUCUCUGGACUGUGCGUGUUGAAAUCAUCUGGAAAGAAAAGCCGCCGCCAAAGAAAGCCAGCAGCGGAGGAGAUGGAAGUUUUCCCCUUGGUCUUGGUGUUGUCCGUGUGGUGGUCUCGAACCUGGGACGCCGGGAAUGCGGAUUCGAUCAUCCACAUCGGAGCAAUUUUUGAUGAAUCUGCCAAAAAGGAUGAUGAGGUGUUUCGCACAGCAGUUGGCGACCUCAACCAGAAUGAGGAGAUCUUACAGACUGAAAAAAUCACAUUUUCGGUGACAUUUGUUGAUGGCAACAACCCAUUUCAAGCGGUUCAGGAAGCCUGUGAACUUAUGAAUCAAGGCAUUUUGGCCCUGGUCAGCUCCAUUGGCUGCACAUCAGCGGGAUCCCUCCAGUCUUUGGCAGAUGCUAUGCAUAUCCCCCACCUCUUCAUCCAGCGAGCAACAGCUGGGACCCCAAGGAGUGGCUGUGGACUCACCCGGAGCAACAGGAAUGAUGACUACACACUCUCUGUUCGCCCACCUGUCUACUUAAAUGAGGUUAUCCUGAGAGUGAUCACAGAAUAUGCCUGGCAGAAAUUCAUCAUAUUCUAUGACAGUGAAUAUGAUAUCCGUGGAAUACAGGAGUUUCUGGACAGAGUAUCUCAGCAGGGGAUGGAUGUUGCACUUCAAAAGGUAGAAAACAACAUCAAUAAAAUGAUCACCACUCUCUUUGAUACCAUGAGAAUCGAGGAAUUGAAUCGCUAUCGAGACACUCUUAGGAGAGCCAUCCUCAUUAUGAAUCCCGCCACAGCCAAAUCCUUCAUUACUGAGGUUGUGGAGACUAAUUUGGUUGCUUUUGACUGUCACUGGAUCAUUAUAAAUGAGGAAAUAAAUGACAUGGAUGUGCAGGAACUUGUAAGAAGGUCAAUUGGAAGGCUAACUAUCAUUCGGCAGACAUUCCCAGUCCCCCAGAAUAUAAGUCAGCGAUGUUUCCGUGGCAACCAUCGAAUAUCUUCAACAUUGUGUGAUCCAAAAGACCCAUUUGCUCAGAAUAUGGAGAUUUCAAACCUUUACAUCUAUGACACGGUGCUUCUGCUUGCUAAUGCUUUCCAUAAGAAGCUGGAGGACCGGAAGUGGCACAGCAUGGCGAGCCUGUCAUGCAUCAGGAAGAACUCCAAGCCCUGGCAGGGCGGGCGGUCCAUGCUGGAAACCAUCAAGAAGGGUGGAGUUAGUGGGUUGACCGGAGAGCUGGAAUUUGGAGAAAAUGGAGGCAAUCCCAACGUCCACUUUGAAAUUCUUGGAACCAACUAUGGAGAGGAGCUUGGCCGAGGCAUUCGCAAAGUAAGACCAGAAACAUUGAUAAAUAUGCUUUUCCUACAGUAA